AUGGGUGAUUCCGUCAAUAUUCAAAACUUGCUUCAAGCGGGGUACUUUACAACGUCCCGGAGCAGAAGCAGAUCUCCUCGUCAGGAUGAGCUGCACCAAGAGCAAGACUACCGCUCUGUAGGACGGUCAUGCGACGACCGCUAUGACUAUGACUCUCCAUACGAUCGACCUCGCCGGAGUCCCUCGCCUAUUCGUCUACCGCCUCCGCCUUCCCGUACCGUCCCCCGAAGCCGACCCACGCCUCCUCGCCCUACUGUGGACGAUGAGGUUAGCAUCCUCAACAAGGAACCUGCCUACACAAAGACUGUUGCUUCUGAAGAGGAGGCUGCCUCCAGGGGUGAUGUCGACCAAGCUCAGACCAUCAUGGAGGUUCAUGAGUUCAACCCGGAGAGGCGAUUUGUUAUCCUCGACGAUGAGUCCGCAACCAACAUAAGUGGCGACAAGUCAGACUCUGUCAAAGAAGACACCGGCGCUGGACCUAAGGUCACCGAAGACUCGAAGCCAGAUAUUCCGUCGGACAAAUCGGCCGAACAGCACCCGCGCGCCCGGAGUGCCGGCCUUUCACCGCCGCCGUCUUCGGGCCGAAGGCGAAGUAGACAUGACCUGCCUGUGCUUGAAACAGAGUUCAGUGACCGUCAAUAUACAGAACACCACCGGAGCAGGUCCGCCGUCAAUGGUCCCCGUCCCGACUAUUUCAACCCAUCGCGGUCCUCGCGCUUCUAUGGAGAUCAGCUCCUAUCUCCCGACCUCACGAAGCAAAGCUCCCGCGGGAGAGAGGAUGGCUACUACGGCGCAGACUACAGAGACAGGCCUCGUGAGACGGUCAGACACAGCGUCAGAGUAUCGAGCACCAAGGCGUACGAAUUCGACCGACAGAGGCAGCGAUCGUCGCAAUCGAGACUAUUAUUCGACUUCUUCUCGGGAAACCCCGUCCUCCAGACCAGUCCAGGCUUCUUCGAGAGAAUUCCAGGCUUCUUCGAGAGAAUCCACGAGGUCCUCGACACGCACCUCUCGUGA